UGGAAACUCCACCCCUCUUUUAGCAGAAACCAUGCAUUUCCUACGCGUCUGCUGCUAUAUGUUCGGUUUGCUCGGCUCAGCUGGUCAGAGGAUCUGAGACAUCCGCUCUCCCCACCAGAAGCUGCCCGGGAGGAGCACGAUGGAUGAUGUCAUGUCAACUACGGCCGACUACAUUGACUACGCUCAGUCGGCGCCCUGCCAUAAAACCGACGUGAGAGCCAUCGCAGCCAAGCUCCUGCCCCCGCUGUACGCGCUGGUGUUCAUCUCCGGUUUCGUGGGCAACCUGCUGGUCGUGCUCACCCUGAUCAACUGCAAGAAGCUGAAGAGCAUGACUGACAUCUACCUGCUCAACCUGGCCAUCUCCGACCUGCUCUUCCUCCUCACCAUCCCGUUCUGGGCCUACUACGCAGCAGACCAGUGGGUCUUCGGGAACGGAGCGUGUCAGUUUUUGACGGGGCUCUACUUGGUCGGCUUCUUCUCCGGGAUCUUCUUCAUCAUCCUCUUGACCAUUGACAGGUACCUGGCGAUCGUCCACGCCGUGUUUGCUGUAAAAGCCAGGACGGUCACGUUCGGGGUGGCCACGAGUGGGGUCACGUGGGUGGUGGCCGUGCUGGCCUCUCUCCCGGGCAUCAUCUUCACCAAAUCCCAGAAAGAGGGCUCUCGUCUUACGUGCAGCCCUCAUUACCCGACCAACAAUUACCAUUUCUGGAAGAGUUUCCAGACGUUAAAGAUGGUCAUCUUGGGCCUGGUCCUGCCGCUGCUGGUCAUGGUCAUCUGCUACUCGGGGAUCCUGAAGACCCUGCUCCGCUGUCGGAACGAGAAGAAGAGGCACAAGGCGAUGAGGCUCAUCUUCGUGAUCAUGAUCGGCUACUUCCUUUUCUGGACGCCCUACAACGUCACCAUGCUCCUGAACACCUUCCAGAGCGCUUUCGGCCUGAACAACUGCAACAGCUCCAAUAGGCUGGACCAAGCCACGCAGGUGACGGAGACCCUGGGGAUGACGCACUGCUGCAUCAACCCCAUCAUCUACGCCUUCGUCGGCGAGAAGUUCAGGAACCACCUGUCAUUCCUGUUCCGAAAGCACAUCGCCAGGCGCCUCUGCAAACGCUGUCUGAUCCUCCAGCGAGACGCCCCCGAGCGUGCGAGCUCUGUCUACACUCGGUCCACGGGGGAGCAGGAGCUCUCUACGGGCCUGUGAGCCGGACCUGGCUUUUCUACGCACACUGGGGGGAAGGGAGCAGGUAUUUUAAAAAAAGGAAGUUGCUGUCACAGGGGGUCAGAGAUCAGUCCACCUACCUGGCGUCUGCUGCAAGGAUGGUGAAUACUUCGGGCCCAUCGGUUCUGGAAUGCCGAAUCAAAACGCGUGGAUGAAACAGCCACCGGGUAUCUCCCUCCCCCCACAUACUUCAGCCGUUGGCGGACCAUCCGUUCACUGCGAAGGUUCAUUAGGAAAGCCACAUCCCCAGGGAACUGCUGAUUCUGGAGGUCAGCUACCUGGCCGGGAACGACCAACGGAAUCAAGGAACGUGUUGUAUCGUUUCGUCCCGCACGGGCCAACGCACAGCUGGCGAGUGUGUGUGAAACACGCCCUUGUCUUGCCGUGGGGAGAAGAGACAGGAACGUGAUCGUUGCAAGAGGCCAUCGGCCUCCUGUGAUCUCCCUCCGAGGUGGGUUACUGUUUCCACGGCCGCUCGGCACCGGGGGAGCCCCGUGGCCACCUGAGCUCAGGGAGAGCUUCUUCAGCGAGGGGGGGUUGCAGGGGCACCAUCUGUCGGUGGAAGAGAGGGAAGCGGAGCUCCAGACGGAAGGAGGCAAAGACAUGUGACUGGGGGAGGGAGGCGCGGUGGAGGCUGGAUUAUGAGGAACCUGGGUGGCACUGCUCCCCCAAGUCUGAGAGCAGAGCCGGGGCCUUGGCCAGUGCUGCAGGAGGCUCACUCCCUGCCCUAAGGAUGACCUUGAAAGGGGAGCAUGUGGGGCAGGGAGCCCAGCCACAAGCAGGUCAGGGUGAGGAGGCCCCCACUGGGGUGGAGGCACGGGAAGGCAGCUGAGGACGAGGGCUCACAGUAUUUAAGAUAACAGUCAGCAGACCCGGGCCCCUUUGGGUGGGCAGCGAGGGGCCCAGAGGAGUCAGAGAGACCCUGGGCUUCAAGCACGCAGAUUGGAGAUGCCCUAAAAGAGACUUCAGGCAUGGAAGGCGGGGCGGGGGGGUAGGUGAAAACCGGGAGGGCAGGUGAAGAGGGUGGGCCACGUUUGUGAGCUCGCAGGCAGCCCGGCGCAGGCCGACCUUCUCGAUGGGCUCACCCUCAGAAACAAACGCCUUCCCCCCACCCGAGUUCCAUCACGAGGCAUCUCCCGGAGGCUCGGAAACAACACGUUUGGGAAUGCACAUGCCUGGGGUCCGGGAACCAUUCCAGGUCGGGCAGGACACGGCUCGUGAAAAUCCAGAGCUUUAUGGGCGUGAGCCAAGAGGCAAGGGAAGCCCGGAUGACUAAGUGUCUGCCUGCCGCACACACGCAUCAGUGCUUAAGUAUCGCCUUCCGGCUAGAAUGAUAUCAAUAGGCAAAAGGGAGGAGAGACACACUCAUUUGGAAACAAGCUGUCUCCAGCUUCAUAAACCACAAAAGCACAACUUACUAGCCUCUGCGUUGCGGGCUGAGCGUGGGGCCUUGAGACGCCCCUUCCAGAUGCCCCCUCCAGACAGACGGUACCCAAACACUAAGGGAGCUACUCGGCUCUGAGGGAAAGCUAUGGGCUCUGUCUCUUUCUGUAGUCACCACCUUUCUUACCUUGUAGAUGAGCAUGUUUUGAAACUGGGACAGUGGAAACCGUGGCAAUACACAUGAGGGGAAGAAGCCUGAAGGAGUGAGAAUCGGGAGAUUAAGGUGUGAGAAUAACAGGAGGUGUUACUGCUCUUUCUCAGCCUCUGAAACCUGAACCCUGAGGGUUGUGGUUGUCGACUGCAAGUGUCUGGGAGUGCCUGUUCCUUUGUUCUAGAAAAUGUUGACAGGGCGUCACGCACAGGACCCCCGCCUACGGGUGGGUUUGGACAUCUGAUCUCUUUGUCUGUGUAUACAUAUGUAUACGAUUCUCUUAUGUAUAUAGACAGUUACAAAUUGCUUGGAAGAAAAUAUGCAUCUAAUAAAACCACACUCUAAA